AUGGCUCGAAAAUACCCGCGAAAGAACCGAAAAAAGCUCAAGUGGUUUGACCCCUUCAAUAGAAAUAAACCCCUCGAAGUUUUCGCAGACAGUGACAAUGAAUCUCCCUCCAAAGUAUCUGGAUUGUCUAAGAAGAAAAAGCACAGAACUGCUCAGAAAACUUCGAAAACUAGUUUGGAACAGGAGGUACCUCGUAACUUCAAAUUGUUCAUGAAGGGAAUACAAAUUCACGAAGACGACGAAAAGAAAAAAGAGGAAGCGAAGAAGAAACUUCUGUUCACACCUGUUGGGAAAAAUGUAGCUAAAGAGCUGAACAGACGGAAGUCAAGGAAGAUCUCUUCGCUUGAGCAAUGGCGGAUCGAUUCUAGACAGGAGCGCAAAGAAGACAAAGAACUUGAUCACGCGGAAAAAGAGUACUUCAAAGAUUCAUUCCAGCUGAACGAAAGAGUCGAUGCACCUCCGUCAGAGUUGAAAACACCUGUUUGUAAAUUUAAAAGUCGGCCUUUUCAGACCGUAACUCCAAUGAAAUCUAUUUCGCUUUCGGCCAAGAAGUUAAUAAGUUCAGUUAAAAGUGACGUAAAGUUCAAACGUAGGAAGCCUGAUUCCAAAAUUACCACAGUUAUGCCGACGGACUCAAACGCAGACGAAUUAUCUCAAGAGCGUGAAAGAGUGGUGAAAGCGUACCGGGAGUUGAAAUGGAGCAAAACAAGAGCGGCGGCUCUGAUGAAAAUGGACACUCAGUCGAUGACUCCUGUUGAAAUUUGA